ACCGGGCGAAAUGGCGUGAAAAGAGUGUGUACUGUCUCGCACACCUUAACCUGUCAUGUUCACAUAAAAUUAAAUUUGCAUUGUUUAGUUCUCUGGAUCAAAGCUGUGAUAUGUCAGAGAGGGAUUACGGAUAAUUCAUCUUGUUUGGCACAUUAGUGAAAUUGCAUUGUUGGAUACCAUCAUAAUAAAAUAGAUGUAAAUGUAUUUCCGGUCUCGGGACUUAUCCGUCUUCCGCCCUGAUGCCCUUGUAGCUAUGGAAACUCGUCAAUGGCAACAUCCACCAGCCUGUUCACCCGUUUUGACCAGGGGCACCGAGUGUGAUAGCUAGCUAGCUGGCUUUAUGUGUGCCAGAAUUACCGAUCCAUUACCAAGGUUUCAAGAUGGCGUUACAACGACUGACGGCUGUGUUCAUCCUUUACUCGAUUCUCGGCUACAUUCCAUCACGUGGAGUAAUCCUCCGAACCACAGACAAGACUGUGUGGGCAAAUGAAUUUGAACCUAUUGAGUUGACCUGCUUGAUAGAGUCCAUCUCAACAAACAACCCCAGAAUCGAAUGGAAGAAAAUCAAAAACGGUGUCCCUAGUUAUGUGUACUUUCAAAAUCAAAUUUCGGGGGACUUGGAGCACAGAGCCCAGCUGAUCCAGCCAGCCAACCUACUGAUCCUCAACACCAGCCGUGCAGACACUGCAGAGUACCGCUGUGAGGUCGCUGCCAUUGAUGACCACAAACACUUUGAUGAAAUUCUAAUCAGUCUUGCUGUCAGGGUAAAGCCUGUGGUGCCCAGGUGCAGUGUGCCUGUGGCAGUGACUGUUGGCACGUCCUCUGAGCUGCGCUGCCUAGAGAACGAGGGCUUCCCUGCCUCACAGUACCGCUGGUUCCGCAACAACGAGGAGCUUCCCCAGGACCCAAAGAGCAGCCCCAAGUUCAUCAACUCCACCUACUCCAUUAAUGCUGACACGGGUGGUCUGAAAUUCCGCAGGAUGAGGAAGGAGGAUGCGGGGGAGUAUUACUGCCAGGCAAAGAAUGAAGCUGGACAUGCACAGUGUCCCGCACAGCUGAUGGAAGUCUAUGAUGUCGACAUAGUGGGGAUUUUUCUGAAGGUGUUGGCGGCAUUGGCCGGAUUCACUAUUGUGAUGGUGGGGGUUUAUCAUGCACACAAACAUGGCUGCUUCUCCUCCGGCAAGGAUCACACAGGAACCAACUACAAACCGCCAGCGGCAGAUGAUGGUGUUGAAUAUGCCGAAGCAGAUGAGGGUCACUUCCGGCACAAAUCAUCAUUUAUAAUUUGAAAUCUGAGAUAGAAGACCGUCAAGAGGGGAAACACUGAAGAGGAGACACACUGAAGAGGAGACACACUGAAGAGGAGACACACUGAAGAGGAGACACACUGAAGAGGAGACACACUGAAGAGGAGACACACUGAAGAGGAGACACACUGAAGAGGAGACACACUGAAGUCAAAAGUGCAUCAAAUCCCAUAAUAGGGCUUCGUGUGAGAAAUUUGAGCUGUAACAUUGCACAUUCUUUUUUGGUGCGCAUCAACAAUUAACCUACAAGCUUGCCAAAGUUAUCAUCUUGAAAAAGAUCAAUCAUUAUUUCAAAAUUUCUGAUAGGCAAUUGCAACGUCAUGUCCCUGUUAGUACACUGUUUAUUUUUUUUGUAGCACAAAUAUGUUUUUCCUUAGUCGUUAAUGUAACUACAACUACAGUACGAUUUUAAAGCUUUGACAUUUGAACUUCCACUAACAUGUUCAUCUAAACUGAUGCUGGAACAUUCCCCCAUACUGUUUUUGGACAAUGAUUUUUGACUUCUAAACAUUUCUACAAAAUAUACCAAGCCUGUUUUACAAAAACAGCCUUGCAUAGCCUCUGAAUGCAAGAUGGACUGGUUUAUGUUAUUAUGAAGGAAGGUUGUGUCAAUAUAUUUGUUAAUAUAUAUAUACUACCGUUCAAAAGUUUGGGGUCACUUAGAAAUGUUCUUGUUUUUGAAAGAAAAGCACAUUUUCUGUCCAUUAAAAUAACAUCAAAUUGAUCAGAAAUACAGUGUAGACAUUUUUUAUGUUGUAAAUGAUUAUUGUAGCUGGAAAGAGCUGAUUUUUUUAUGGAAUAUCUACAUAGGCAUACAGAGGCCCAUUAUCAGCAACCAUCACUUCUGUGUUCCAAUGGCACGUUGUGUUAGCUAAUCCAAGUUUAUCAUUUUAAAAGGCUAAUUGAUCAUUAGAAAACUGCAAAAUGGAUAUGUUAGCACAGUUGAAAACUGUUGUUCUGAUUAAAGCAAUAAAACGGGCCUUCUUUAGACUAGUUGAGUAUCUGGAGCAUCAGCAUUUGUGGGUUCGAUUACAGCCUCAAAAUGUCCAGAAACAAAUAACUUUCUUUCCAUCAAUUUGAUGUUAUUUUAAUGGACAAAAAAUGUGCUUUUCUUUCAAAAACAAGGAAAUUUCCAAGUGACCCCAAACUUUUGAACGGUAGUGUACAUACAGUCAGUGAGUGAGGCAUGUAUAAAAAGCUGAUAAUCUGUUACAUGCAGAGUCAACGGGCACAAUGAAACAGUCUGUUGUGCUUAAUAAAGCCAACUAACUUUAUUCUCUGCGUUCAGAAUAACAAAGAAACAUAUUACAGUUAUACAGUAUAAUCCCAGCAUAAUACUGCAAUUUAAGAUGUAUUAUGAGUAUAUCAAGUAAUUAUGAUUUUUUUUUCAGAGUGCCGUUUCUGUUUAUAAGUGACCUUCUGUGCUUACUAAUUACCUACUUUAUGAAUAUUGGACAUAUUGUCCAGUUUUGACUCACAAUUAACUGUAUUUUCUUUAUGGACACAACAUACAAUAUUAAUGGAUGUACAGGCAAUACAACUUUGUUAGAAAAAAAAUGUCUACACAUACAUUUUUAUCAGUAACAAUACAUCAUAAGUAUUAAACAAUGUUUCAAAUUGAAAUUGUUAAAAAUUACUUUUUGAAACAUUAUUGAUAUAUUUAUUUUUUCAUUGGUAUUCUUUGUUUAUAAAAUAACACUACUCAGGAACUGUUGUAAAAUUUUAAUUGUUCAUUCGUUGUAGUGCAAGAAAUGGAUACUGUUAUAUGCUUACUUCAUUUUGUCAAUAAAGACAUAACAUAAGUAACUGUA